AUCAUGUUUUUGUGCAAUUUUAUUUUCAAAUAUGAUUUUGAAUAAAAUGAUCAAAGAAAACCAUUAAUUACGGUCUCAACAUUGGUGGAUGCUUGGAGAAAAAUUAGGAUUUUGUUUGAAAAGAGGCUAAGAUGAGAUGAGACGUGGGUGUAGAGAAUUCUAGUACUGUUUGGCAAGCGGGUGUCUUGGAGUUGGUGGUUUGGUUUUAUGAGUCACAGAUGACAGAGAUGCAUGGCUAUUUGUUCUUGAAGGCGGUGUAGUUUGUGAUCUUGGAAAUAGUCUUUUAAUUUAUUAACCUCAUCCAAGGUUGAUGGAGAUGUGACAUUAAUGACAAGGCUCAAAGUCUGUUGGAUAACAGAAUCACAAGUUCAAGUGUCUUGGAUGAUGGCUAUAUAUAUGCUUGCAUGCAAUGCAUAUGCCCAUCAUCCACAAUCAAGUAAUACUGUUAUCUUGUGAUCAUACGUUAGCAAUAGCAAGAAUGAUAUCAGAGCUAGGAAUUGCGAUUUACCUCACAAUGACCAACUUCUGGUUAUGGUGGUGGGAAGUCGACAGCAAACAAGACGAGUUUGCUCGCACAUUUCUCACCCUUUUAGUUCCCACGCUGCUACUUUUAUGGUACCAAUGGACAUUUCCCAACUCCAAAAAGGGAAAGUCAGCGAAUCAAUUGCCACCGGGUCCCUAUGGCUUCCCAGUUUUAGGGUACCUCCCCUUUCUCGGCUCCAACUUGCAUGAAAAAUUCACGGAGAUGGGUCACCGUUAUGGUCCCAUCUUUAGUCUCCGCCUCGGAACAAAACUUCACGUCGUGGUGAACUCCAUGGAGCUCGCAAAGGUGGUGGCUCGUGACCAGGAUAAGACCUUAGCUAACCGCAGCCCUCCACUCACAGCUGUCAUCAGCUCUUAUGGUGUCAACAAUAUAUCAUGGUCCAACAACAACGCACAUUGGAGGAACAUGCGUAAGCUUUUAGUCAGCCAACUGAUGAGCACUGCAAAUAUUAACACUACUCAGAGUCAGAGUCUUCGAACACAUGAAGUGAGGAAGAUGGUGGCAGAUGUUUACGCUAAGCUCGGGCAACAGAUCGACAUUAACGAAAUUGGUUUCAACGCGGCGUUUGAUGUUCUCACAAGGAUGUUAUGGAGUGGUAGCAAACCAGGGGAAGGAAACUUUACAAGCUAUUUAGUUGAAAGGUUUCUGGAAGUUGAGUUCAAGAUUAUAGAGUUACAAGGAGCGCGAAACAUCUCUGAUUUUCUCCCGAUGCUAUCAUGGCUCGAUCUACAGGGAAGGCAGAGAGAAAUGAAGCAACAAAUGGUUUAUGUUAACCAGAUUUUGGACGAACUUAUCCAAGGAAGAAUCAAAGCCAACUCAUGCAAAGUUGAUGGAGAAGGCGAGGAAGAUCAAAAGGAUUUCUUGCAGAUCUUGCUGGAGCUUAAAGAACAGAAAGGUGCUCCGACUUCAUACAACUUUGACCAAAUAAAGGCUCUACUAAUGAACAUUGUGACAGCAGCGACAGUGACAAUAUCGAUCAUGGUAGAAUGGGCGAUGGCGGAGAUUUUGCAUAAUGCAGCGGUGAAGAAAAAGAUUGUGGAAGAAUUAACAGAGGUUGUUGGUACGAACAAUAUUGUGGAAGAAUCUCAUCUGACCAAAUUAUCAUAUUUGGAUGCAGCCAUCAAAGAGACCCUAAGGCUACACCCUCCGCUUCCACUGUUAGUCCAUAGAUGCCCAGAUGAAGCUUGCAUAGUAGGCGGGUAUACCAUUCCAAAGGGUACUGUUGUGUAUCUUAAUGUUUGGGCGAUCCAUCGGGAUCCCCAGAACUGGAGCAAUCCAUUGGAGUUUAAGCCUGAGAGGUUCCUGAAUGGAAAGUGGGAUUACAGUGGAAAUAACUUCAAGUAUUUACCAUUUGGAUCGGGGAGAAGAAUGUGCCCGGGAGUCAAUCUGGGGGAGAAGAUGCUGAUGUACACAGUGGCAUCAUUGUUGCAUUCUUUUGAGUGGAGCUUUCCAGAAGGUGAAGAGCUGGAGCUUUCUGAUGAGUAUGGAUUUCUGACUAAGAAGAGGAAGCCGCUGAUGGUUAUACCCUCUCAAAAACUAUCUGAUGCAAGCAUGUAUAUGUAGUAGAACGUAUGCAGUUUGCUUAAUAAGAUAUGCAAGCUUAGCUUGUUUUCUAUUAAUUAACUAGAUAAUUAAGUGGACUUGGAACACAUGCAAUUGUUAAACUAGAUAUUGUUUGGAUUUUAAUAUGACAAAACAUUGACGGUCCGAUAUGCAUGGAUAAUCCAACAAAUACAAAAUCAAACUUCACGGAAGUCGCUUGGAAUUAGAGGUGUAAACAAGUCGAGUCGAGCCGAAUACUGCUAAGCUCGAAGCUUGAACUCACCUCGAGCCUAGAUUUGAAGCUCAGACUCGACUCAUGAAAUACUCGAUAAUAUUGAGCUCGGCUCGCGAGUUCGGUUCGGCUCGACAAAAAUUUAAAAAAAAAAGUUAAAAUCAUCUCAAAUUAAAAACAUUUCACGU